CGGGUGGGGUGCCUGAAGAAGAAACUUCAGGGAGAUGUCAAACAAGGUAAAAUCAGAUGACGACCUCAUGAAAACCUCAACCUGACACUCAGAAAAAAACAUCAGCACUGUCACCAUGGAUUCAUCCUCUGAUCCAGAUGAAUUUGAAGAUGCCACCGAUGACUUCAUCCAAGAUGAGGUACAAAAAGGUUCUUCAAGAACUUGUUUUGUUCAGUCAGGAAAUGAGGAGGACACUGUCACAUCAAAAGAAAUCAGACUUUACAGCUUUCUCCAAGACUUGGGGCUAGAACACCAUUACCAAAAUAAGCUGUCAUUGAGCACAGCGCUGCAAAUAGACAAAAGGACAGUUAGAGAUGACCCAGGACAGUCCCUAUCAGCUUUACCAUGGUGCUUCCUGAAGAAGCUGAUGAUGGUCAAUGUGACUGCCAGGAACAUAAGUUCCUUAUCAGAUAAGGUAGCUGCAGAUAGUUCAGAUUGGGAAGAUGAUCAGGAGAAUGACAAAGAUGAGCAGAAUCUUUUAGUGAACCCUUCAGACAUUGUGAAUGCUCUUUUCCUGUGUGCUGAUAAUUUUCUUCAGCAAGAGAUGGUUUCAAAAAUGUCUGUGUGCCAGUUCUCUGUUCCUUUACUCCUACCAAACUGUGCAACCAAUGAGGUCAUCUUCAUGCUCUGGGCAAUGAGAGAUAUUGUGAAAAAAUACAAACCACACUCAUUGGAGGACCCAAAUGGAUUUGUUGAAGACAGGAUAGUUCUCUCUGACAUCCCUCUAGUGUCAUUUGUACGGCUAGAUGACUGUAGCACUUCCAAAUCUCAGAUUUUGAACAAGUUGCUCAGCAAUCCCCAGCAGUAUCAUGAUAUCUUUGUACACAAAGACAUGGAAUGUGGUGACGUUCCAAGAAAAAUAUCAAACGGUUUGGUGGAGAUCAGCUGGUAUCUCCCAUGCGGGAACAAAAACAUUGACAUCUUCCCUGAACCUGUGGCUGUGGCUAACUUGAGGGGUGACAUCAGUAUGUUUGAAACUCAGUACUCUUUCCUGUGUCAGACAUCUAACGCAGUUUUUGUCUUUUUUGACAAACUGGACAAACACGAAUUUGUGACAAAUCAGCCAAUUAGAGGACAGCUGUUUUUAAUAGGAAAUUCUGAGACCAGUGAUCUAAAAACAAAAGCCCGACAACUGAACCUAAAAAGAAACAAUGUCAUUUUCAGGGCCAAACAGAAUGAAGAUAGCUUUGUCAAAACAAUGCGUGCAAAGAUGAACACUGUGAUUAAGAACAGUCAGAAUAAUAAGUCACUGGAGAAGGGGACUGAAGUAGCACAUGAACUUGGGAUCUUGGUUGAUGAGGACAUCACAGAAUGUAAGAAUGCAAAGGUCCUUGCAGACAAAAUCACUUCAGAAAUACGUGCCAUACCACAGUUCAAGGAAACCCAACUUCCCCUUCAGGGAGAAAUCUGGAAAGAACUGUCAAAGCUGGAGAAAGAAGAGAGCCGGCUUCAGAAAGCAGGAGAUCAGAGCAUUGAAAUGUAUAAAUCUGAUCUCAGUGCAAAAAAGAAAGAGCUCAGGAAGCAGCAAUGCAGUUUUAAAACAUCAGAGACGAUGGCACAAUUCAUGGAAGCACUUUCAAGACCUCGCCUGGAAAGAGCUUAUUUUUUUAAAUGGAUGAGGAUGAACCUGGACAAUCUGACCACUAAAAAUGUCUCAGCUCUAAAGGAACAAUAUCAGAAAUGCCAAGAGUCUUCAAGAAACAAAGAGGAGAUUUCAAAGUUAGACAAAGAAAUCUCAUGUUGUUCUCUAGGAAUUGAGCACUUUCUAAGAGAGCUGGGUCAGGUAUAUGAAUCUGUGGUUUCUUUAUCAGAAAAAGAGUCUGAAAAACAAAUAUCAGAUCUUCCGAAGCUGUGUGCAGAGCUGCUGCUUGAAGGAUUCCCUUUAGAACUUUUAGAUGGAGAGGCAUCUAAUAUACCAAUGAGAUGGAUCAGUGAUGUGCUGAAAGAGUUGAAUGAUUUGUUGCAGCCUAACAAUAAAAUAAUGGCAGUUACAGUUUUAGGAGUUCAGAGCACAGGGAAAUCCACACUGCUCAACACCAUGUUUGGGGUUCAGUUUGCAGUCAGUAGUGGGAGAUGUACUAGAGGAGCUUUCGUGCUGCUUCUCAAAGUCACAGAGGAGUUCAGAAAAGUACUAAACUGUGACUACUUAGUAAUUAUUGAUACUGAGGGGCUAAAAUCUCCUGAAUUAGCACAACUUGAUAAUAGCCAUGAGCAUGACAAUGAGUUGGCUACGCUUGUUGUUGGUUUAAGUGAUGUUGCAAUAAUCAACAUUGCCAUGGAGAACUCCACUGACAUGAAGGACAUUUUGCAGAUUGUAGUACAUGCCUUUCUCAGGAUGAAGCAAGUAGGUAAGAAGCCAAAGUGUUUGUUUGUGCACCAGAAUGUAGGAGAUGUAUCAGCACAUAAUAAGAACAUCAGAGACCGAACACUUCUGUUGGAUCAACUGAAUGAAAUGACUGAAUUAGCAGCUAAAAUGGAGAAUAAUGACCAGAUAACAAGAUUCACCGAUGUUAUGGAAUAUGAUGCACAUACAUCUAACUGGUAUAUUCCUGGACUCUGGCAUGGGAACCCACCAAUGGCAUCGGUCAGUGCAGGCUACAGUGAAACCAUUGCUGAGUUCAAAAAGAGAAUGAUAGAUGAUCUUGGGAAAUGCAAGACGUCUCGAAAUAACAUGAUGGAGUUUCUUGAGUGGACAAAAAGUUUGUGGAGUUCUGUGAAGUUUGAAAACUUCAUUUUCAGUUUCAGGAACAGCAUAGUGGCAGACGCAUACAGGAAAAUAUGUGUGGAAUUCAACAAGUGGGCCUGGUCAUUCAGAAAGAACAUGCACACCUGGACAUUAACAGCUGAGACAAACAUUUCCAAUUUUGGGAAAUUCUCUGAAAUCACUACUGCACAUAACUUAAAUGAGCUUGUUAGCAAUUUGAAAAGUGAUGCAUUGUCAGAGCUUUCAAAAGAGGAAAGCACCAUUCUUAACAACAUUGCCAGUUACUACGAACAAACAGAGGGUCACGUAGAGCUUGUGGAGAGAUACAAAGAAGACUUCAUGAACAGUGGAAAAUCUUUGCGUCGAGAGUUGGAAAAUACAGUCAACAACAAACUAGACGCUGCUGCAACUGUCCGUAAAGCAGUAACAAAGCUAGAGUACAUCAGAAAGACACAAAGAGAGACGAUGGAACAGAGAGUCCUGGCGUUGCUUGAAGAGUAUAGAAAAAGCAAAUUCCACAAGACAGAUCAGGAUCUAGAGCAGGACUUUGAGAAGAUGUGGAAUGAAACCAUUGAGAAACUGUCUUUUCAGCCACUUCCUAAACGAAGCAUCAUGGACUGUGUUUUUAAACAACUUAGGAUCAACCUGCAACACAAGGGAAGCUCAGUCACUGAGGAACUUGACAAAACUAAUCUAAUGGACUGUGGAACAGGUUCCUUCAAUGUCACAGUAGGGAACAAAUUGCAAAAACUUUUACAUAGGCACACUGUGCUUGAACUGCAAAUGUUGUCUGAGAGAAUCGUUGCAAAAUCAGAGCAGUUCAUAGCAGAAAAGGUCGCAACCAAAACUGAUUAUGAUGACACAUACGUCAGGGAGGUUUUGCAGAUAGUUGAUGAGGGAUUAAUCUCUUACAAAACUCCUAAACAUUGUGAGAAAAUUGAAGUCCCAUUAAAAAAGCACAUAUGUGGUAUUGCAGGCAAGAAAUUUCAGACCAUGCAUGAUAGUUUUAUUCAAGAGAAUGACCCCUGUAGAUGCUUAGAACAGUCCAGAGAUAUGUACUGCAGUGACUUUAAGGAUUUAUUCCAUGAACGGGAUCAAUGUCAAAAGAAAGCGAAAGAUUUUGCAGAUUGUUGUCUUAUGCCUGCAGUGGAAGCAUAUCUUUUCAGUGCCCUUGGUAUUGAAAUUGUUGAUGAAAUGACAAAAGGAAAAAUUCAUUUCAGCACACGCACAUUUUUUCAGGAGUUUAUUUUGAAAGAAUUGCUGGAUGAAUCAAACUAUUUAAAUUAUCUCAAGUAUAUAAUUACUAAUGAAUCUUUCAUUAAGUCCAAGAUUUUGAUUGAAAUUGUAAAAUGCUUCAUAAUUGAGGACAAACUUGCUGAAUUAGAAGAGCAGCUGUUAACAAAGAUUGCCAAAGACAUAACAAAGUCUAUCUCCAAAGCACAGGUGGAUAAACAGAAAUCCAGCAGCAUUAAGGAUUUUAUUUUUACCAUUUGCAAAGACCUGGAAGAGACCCUGGUCAUUCCUGUGGAUUCAGUUGAGGAGCUUGUGAGUCUAAACAAUGCAAAAGUUGAACAGUUUGCUGAAUGGCUCACAAAAUCAGUUGAGGAAAUGAAAAUGCUAUUGCAACAGAAAUGUGAAAAACAGAGUCUGGAAGAGAAAAUAGAAAAUCUUCAAUUCAAGCCAGUAGAGGAGCUUAUACAACAGUUGGUAGGUUGUGGAGAACAGUGUCCAUUCUGUGGUGUCCCAUGUGAAGCAACAGGUACAGGACACACUGAACACUUUGCUACAAUUCACAGACCUCAGGGAUUAAUCUCAUAUCAUUCACAUCUGACUACAAAACUUGUGACUGACAUAUGCACCUCCUCUGUGUUUAGUGAAAAGUUGUUUAUUUGUGAGAAGACAGGUAACAAGCCACAUCCCUACAAGAGGUAUAGUGAGAUUUAUCCUAACUGGCGCAUCCCUCCAGACACCACUGAGGCUUCCAACUACUGGAAAUAUGUGAUGGCCAAAUUCAGUGAGGAAUUUGCCAGUUACUAUAAGACACAACCUGCUGAUAUUCCUCCUGCCUGGAAACACAUCACCAAGGAGCAGGCUGAAAACAGUCUGAAGAAAUCUUUUGGAGGAACAUAAAAACUGCCUCAGUAGAGCAGGGCAUGGUUGACGCCAAGUCCUCCAGCAUCCUCGCUGAUAGUGCUUUGGAAAUAAGCACAUAAUUUUAUAUCUUCUGCAAGUUUCAAGCUGAGAGAAACCAUCUGCACGAAUACAUUGCUUAUAUAUUAUAACAGAACUGAACCAUUACAUUACUGAAAAGAACCAUUACAUAAUCUCCAUCUUGACAAUAACGUCUACAGACUAUUAACAUCUACUUUUCUAUUAACAACUAACUUAGACUUAGGCUAAGAUAGUGGACUGUUUGGUUACCUGUUUAUUAUCAGCUUUCCACAGUUGUGUUGAACUAAUGCCACUGGUAAAAAGGGAAGACAAUUUUGUAAAAUCACAGCAGAAAUGUUUGCAGAGAAAGUGGUAACAUACACAUCAGUAUAGUGUUGCAGAUAAGAGAGAUUUGAUAAGUUUGAAGGAUGAAAAGAAGAACCAUGUACUAUUUACCAUUAGUAUAAAUACUAGAACUCACUGAAACAUUGUAUCUCUCUAAUGUGAUGUGUGACCCUUUUUUUUCUUGGCAAUUAAUUGUUGGUGAUUUCAAGUGUAAUUGAAGUAGAAUUCAAAAGAAUAUAGAAUCGAAUAAAUAACAUUUGUCACUGUCUAAAUAUUGCACUGUAUGUAGUUUAAUAUAUAUAAAAUAUUGCUUAGUAUAUAGUUGAAAGCCAUUUGGUCUUUUAUGUAAUAUUUACCUUAAUUUUAAGUUUCACUACUGCAGGGGCUUUAUGAUUUGUGUGUAUGUGUGAUCUGAAGAAGUUAAUAAUGAACCCCAACUUCUGCAAAAAUGGGUUCAUACAAAGUGUAAGCACAAAUUAGCAUGGACGUAAUGUAAGUGAAUGAGAUCCAAUGAUAUACUAGUGCAGUUUCAUGACAAAUAGGGAAGGCAUUGUGGAGCCUGAUGGCAGUUUGUAGGGAAGACUCCAAAAUAGCUUGAGGAGGGAGUAGCUAAACAUGCUCCUGGACAACACAUCAUGGAGAGGAUGGUCAGAAUUGUUAAAAAAAAGAGAAUUGAAAAGCUGAAAUAAUUUGUUCUUUAUAGAAAAGCCAUAACAUAUAAUUUCAAAGCAAAUUAAUGAUUUCUGUAACCUCUAGUAAAACAUCAUCAGUGACUCCGCCAUCUUCAUCAGGUCUGCUAAGUACUAGCCUCUAAAGUGCUGGUAGAUCUUGGUCUACAAGGUGGGCUGCAAAUAUGGUGAGACGGCCAACUGGGUGGAGUCCCUGAGUAGGAAUAACUUCAAGUAAGAGAAUAUAUGCAUUGUGUGGCCUACUUGGUUUAUAUUGUUCUUCCUGGACAAUAUAGCCUGUUAGGCUAAUGUAGCUCCGAUAAGAUUGACCUGAGGUCUAGGACAUGGUGUCUUUUCAUCACACAGCAGGCACCUCAUGCACACACAAAAUCAUAGGAACAACACAAUAUAAAUAUCCACCAUAUCUCUUCAUUGCCUUAGCUUUGGUUAGCAUUGCUGUCCUGAGUUCUGUGAGAGUGACAGGCUGUUGUGGUGGAGAUGUGUCUUUUUCUACAGGCUCGUAUGUGGAACAGCUGCUGGACUGCUGGUAUAGCCUACCGAGACUGAGCAGUCUCAGAGCGGGGGCUAACAGUCUGAUGCUGCACUGUAACAUAUUAAAAUAUUAGCAUUGCUGACCAUCAAGACAGAAAAACAGAGGACGUUUGUAGCGUGAAAGCUACUGUGAAUAAUGAUUCAGUAUAACUGGUUGGACCAGUGUACCCCAUUGAUGACUAUUUGUGGUAGGAAGCUUAUCUGAGCUCUGAACUUAGCUUAUCAGCUAAGCUUACCAGAAGUGGACAUGAGGUGCAUACAAAACAACAUGAACUUUGAAAUUCUUCCUUUCUUUUAUUUUGCUCUGUUUUUGUAUGCUAAACCACUAGAGGGCAACAUUGAAACUAUUCAUAAAAUCAAAACACCUUCUAAAAGACACCCAACCAGCCAAAGUGUUUAACCCUUUAAAUGCCCCAGAUCUGCCAGCAGAUCCAGGCCUUCUUUCCUCUCUCUUUUUUUACUUAGGAAUAUCUCAGUCAGCUGGGAAUAAAAGAUGCAUAAGACUUUACUAUGUCCCCUUCAAUAUGAAGUUGUUUCAGUGUCCAUAAUAUCAAAUUGACAUAGGGUAUGUUAUUAUAAAUUGUUACCAUAAAUGGUAAAUCUUUACUGCUCUAAAACAAACCUUGGCAAUUAAAGGGAAAUUCCACCUAUUUUUCAAAUAAUUUCAAAUAUUUUUCAAAUAACUUCCACUUAUUAGUGAACUUUGACAUGAAAGCGUGCACUUUCUUCACGGUGGUGGUGAUAGGAAACAGGUUGAUGAUUCCUACAAUACAAAUAUAGACAUUUUAUUUAUUCUCCAAAUCACCAUAAACAUUGCAUAUCUAUAAAUUAACAUCUUCCAGUACUAUGCAAAUUAUUGGGAAGUCUCCAUUAAAAUAUUUACUACGAAGAUUGGUAUGAAACAGUAUUACACUGACACUGUGUCCAUAUUAUAGCCUCACCAUAUAAUACUCCCUGAGAUUAAAGCCAGCUAAAGAGAUUUGCCCAGAGAUCUGUUAAUGUUGUAAAUUCUAUUAUAUGAAAAAGACUGGGUGUAAAUGGCUUAUAUGGAAGGGUGGUUUCUAAAAAAAACAAAAACAACAACAA